AUGAUCUUCCACUGGGGCAACUCCAGAGACGACCCACGCCCUCCCGCAGUCACACAGCCGCUCUCUGGGGACGAUGCCACGGGCCUCCGCAUGGCAGCCAGCGCAGAGCGGCCCUGGGAGUCUCCAUUCACACCGGGGACGCUCCCAAAGGGUGGAGGCAGCAGAAGUCAGGUCCACCCACCCACACAGGGACCCCUGCGGGGCGGCCUCCGCACUGCACCCCAGAGUCCCCCAGGGUCCCCGCCGCCCCCGACCCCGCUUACCCGGACUGUCAGGGUGCGGGACGCGGUCCGGGGUGGCGGACUACACCGCUGGCCCCGCGUCACCCAUGGCCGCUGGGGAGCCGGCGUGCGGGCUGCUGGGUGCUGGGGCCGAGCCGGGAGCCGCGGCGCGGGCGGAGCGCAGGCUGAGGCGGCGGCGGUGCGCGCUCGGAGCACACCCACCCUCCCCGCCCUCCGCCCCGCGCGCCUGCGGGACUGCGGCGCGUGCGCCCGCCGAGACCACCGCGGGGCCGGGGGUGCGCCCGCCCCGCCCCCUGCCUCCGGGCUCGGCCCUCGCGGCUCAGCGGCGACCUGGCACCGGGGUGCGGCGCUGGGGGACCGUGGAAAGGCGCCCCCGGCCAGCGCCCGGCUCUGCGGCGCGGGGACUGCGCCAGCGCGGCCGCCCGCGGCAAGCAACCUCUUCCCUCAGACUAUCUGCACAGCCAGCUCGUCGGGAGGCCAGCAGUUCGGGAAUGCAUGCAACAUGCCCUCCCUACCCCAAACUACAUGCUCUGACGAGGGCGAGAAAAAAGAUCAGGUCAUAGAGCCCUAGCCACUAGUCCUAAAGAAAUAACUGAAGAUACUUAAAUAAUAGGACAAGAACCCUUUUGUUUAAAUUAAUUGCAUUUACAUUUUAUACAGACUUUCAUUUCUUGUGCAUUCAGUUUCUAUAUCUCAAAUACAAUUCACAUCAUCAUGUUUUUGAACAUCUGGUA